GUGCCAGCUUCUCUGCUGUCAAGGUGCUCCUAAGCGGAACCGUAAACAAACAAGCAUCACCAACCAACACCACUUAUUUCUCCUGUACCAAUUUCGUAUUUGUAGAACGUCCUCUUCAUUCUAUAACGCAAUAGUAUGCUUUUGUAGCUGGUUAAAUACACCUCGUGAACAAUUAUUUACCAUUUGUUCACACUACCGCUAAUAAGUCGUGCUUCUGAGCCAGUGAUCAAACCUUAAUCUCGUCGCUCGAUUCCGUACCAUGACUACCGCUGUAAUGAUGGAUUACGAAUUUAAGAUGAAAACGCAGCAGGAACGAGCCAAAGUGGAAGACCUGUUCGAAUAUGAAGGUUGUAAGGUAGGCAGGGGUACUUAUGGACACGUGUACAAGGCACGACGCAAGGAGGGUAACGAUUCGAAGGAUUAUGCUCUGAAGCAAAUCGAGGGAACUGGUCUGUCGAUGUCCGCUUGCCGUGAGAUAGCUUUGCUUCGCGAAUUGAAACAUCCCAAUGUGAUUAACCUCAUCCGGGUGUUCUUAUCGCAUACGGAUCGCAAAGUGUGGCUGCUGUUCGAUUACGCCGAGCAUGAUCUGUGGCAUAUUAUCAAGUUCCAUCGAGCGGCUAAAGCAACGAAAAAACCUGUAAUGGUACCAAAAGGCAUGGUGAAAAGCCUACUGUAUCAAAUAUUAGAUGGAAUCCAUUAUUUACACAGCAACUGGGUAUUGCACAGGGAUCUGAAACCGGCAAACAUUUUGGUCAUGGGAGAGGGAAAUGAACGUGGACGGGUAAAAAUUGCAGACAUGGGAUUUGCCCGCUUAUUCAACGCACCUUUGAAACCGUUGGCCGAUCUUGAUCCGGUGGUCGUUACCUUUUGGUAUCGUGCGCCAGAGCUGCUGUUGGGUGCCCGUCAUUACACGAAAGCGAUCGAUAUAUGGGCUAUUGGCUGUAUCUUUGCUGAACUGCUUACAUCGGAACCGAUUUUCCACUGUCGGCAAGAGGAUAUCAAGACAAGCAAUCCGUACCAUCACGAUCAGCUGGAUCGCAUAUUCAAUGUAAUGGGCUUUCCGCAGGACAAAGACUGGGAGGACAUUAGAAAAAUGCCGGAACAUCACACUCUGACGAAAGACUUUAAGCGUUCGAACUAUGCAAGCUGCUCGUUGGUGAAAUACAUGGAACGGCACAAGAUCAAACCAGACAGCAAAGCAUUUCAUCUGCUACAAAAGUUGCUGCUGAUGGAUCCCAAUAAACGCAUCACGUCGGAACAGGCCAUGCAGGAUCCGUAUUUUUCGGAAGAUCCCAUGCCAACGGCUGACGUAUUUGCGGGAUGCCCAAUUCCAUAUCCUAAACGUGAGUUCCUCACGGACGAGGACCAGGAUGAUAAAGGAGAAAAGCGGCAGCAACAACAGCAGCAACAGCAGCAGCAGCAGCAGCAGCAACAACAACAGCAACAACAACAGCAAAACAACCAACAACAAAACAACCAGCAACAAAAUCAACAAGCCAAUCAACAGCAGCAGCAGCAACAACAGCAACAACAACAAAAUGCGCAGCAACAACAAUCUGGAAAUCAAAUGCAGCAAGGAGGAGGCGGUGGAGGUGCAGGCGGUGGAACCGGCACAGGUCAGGGAGGUGGUGGAAUGGAUCACAAUGCCAAACGUGUACGACUUUCCGGUCCAAACGGGCAUCCUAAUAAUUCGCAAGGAGGAAUGACACAGCAGGAGUACCAUCAGCAGCAGCAACAGCAACAAAAUCAACAGCAGCAGCAACAACAGAAUCAAAUGAUGUUCAACAGUGCUCAGCAGGGUGGGUUCCAACAACGGUAUUAAUUACUACGCAUAAGCAAAUAAAAUACAUAAUCUUUCUCUACAUAAGGCUGGCAAACAGCUCAAACAAACAAA